AUGGAGGCAUCUGAUGCUCGGAACAAAUUGCACUCGCGUUUACGUUUAUGGGAAUUCCCUGAUCAGUAUAUCAUCGAGCCAGCUGAUGGCUCAGGCGCUCCAUGUUUGGAUAUUAGUCGUGUUGAUGCUUCCAUGAAGCUAAUCGAUCAAGUCGCGGAAUCCAAUUCCUUGCGUGUUCCUAAAAUCCGUUCUAUAUUUGGUGUUGUUGGGAUGUUGAAGCUCCUUGCAGGAUCAUACUUGGUGGUUGUGACUGAGAGUGAACGUGUUGGCUCGUUUCUGGGUCAUCCUAUUUUCAAAAUUACAUCGCUCAAGGUUCUUCCUUGUGAUCAUUCACUUAAAAACUCCCCUGAAGAACAGAAAAAGAUGGAGACUGAAUUCUCAAAGCUGCUAAAUGUCGCAGAAAAGACAACUGGUCUCUAUUUCUCAUAUGAAGUUAACUUAACUCUGAGCUCACAACGCUUGCAUGAUAUGGGUGAUGAGUCUAAGUCACUUCCUCUGUGGAGACAGGCUGAGCCGAGGUUUCUCUGGAACAAUUACAUGUUGGAAGUUCUUAUCGAUAAUAAGCUUGACCAGUUCUUGCUUCCAGUAAUUCAAGGGAAUAUCCUUUGUUGUCUUUUUGAGACAGCAAUUGGAAAAGAUAUUGUUGACAUUACUCUAAUUGCAAGGCGAUGCACUAGGAGAAAUGGUACACGUAUGUGGCGAAGAGGAGCUGAUCCGGAUGGCUAUGUUGCUAAUUUUGUGGAGACUGAGCAAAUUGUACAGAUGAAUGGAUAUUCGUCAUCAUUUGUUCAGGUCAGAGGAUCCAUGCCUUUUAUGUGGGAGCAAGUUGUAGAUCUGACUUACAAGCCCAAGUUUGAGAUUGUCCAACCUGAAGAAGCUAAACGGACAGCUGAACGUCACUUUUUGGACCUAAGGAAAAAAUAUGGAUCAGUUUUGGCAGUUGAUCUUGUUAAUAAGCAUGGCGGUGAGGGGCGCUUGAGCGAGAAGUUUGCUAGUGUUAUGCAGGAAAUUACUGGGGAUGAUAUAAGAUACAUUCACUUCGAUUUCCAUCAGAUCUGUGGGCAUAUUCAUUUUGAGCGCUUAUCAAUUCUGUAUGAGCAGAUUGAGAGUUUUCUCGAAAAAAAUGGGUACUUUCUGAUGAAUGAUAAGGGUGAGAAAAUGAAGGAGCAGCUUGGUGUUGUCCGAACAAACUGCAUAGAUUGCUUAGACCGUACAAAUGUCACCCAGAGCAUGAUAGGUCGAAAGAUGCUAGAACUUCAACUUAAAAGGAUUGGUGUUUUUGGCGCUGAAGAAACCAUAAGCUCACAUCCGAAUUUUGACGAACGUUAUAAAAUAUUAUGGGCUAAUCAUGGUGAUGACAUCAGCAUUCAGUACUCUGGUACUCCUGCACUUAAAGGGGACUUUGUCAGGUAUGGGCAUCGGACUGCCCAAGGUGUCCUUAAAGAUGGUUGGAGCUCUCUCGUACGCUAUUACCUAAAUAACUUUGCGGAUGGAACUAAGCAGGAUGCGAUUGAUCUCCUGCAAGGGCACUAUAUAGUUGCUGUGAGCCGAGACAUGGCUCCUGUGCCUCAGAAGGGAGGCCUCGAGGCUAUAGCCAAUUUCCCUGUGGCAUUGUUGGUGGUUCUGAUCAGUUUCUGGUUUGCAACAAUGUCUCUGAAACAAGCUGGGAGUGAUUACAAGCAUAAGCACUUGCUGUUCUCGAUCCUGUGGGCGGGCAUCAGUGUGGGCGUUGCAGCACUGGUUAGGGCCAAUGGGCGGAUCUUCUGCAACCGGCCUCGGCUGCACAAGCCCAGAUCCUGA